AUGGAUUCCGCGCUGGCCGGCAAGAACAUCGUGCUGGGGGUGACCGGGAGCAUCGCCUGCUACAAGGCGCUGGACCUGGCCAGCAAACUCGUACAGGCUGGGGCCCACGUCGAAACGAUCCUCAGCUACGGCGCGACACAGUUCGUGACACCGCUGGCGUUCCGCAGCCUGACGCACCGGUCGGUGGUGACGGACACCUUCGACGCGGACUCGGAGCACAGUGUGGAGCACGUCGCGCUGGCGCGGUGGGCGGAUAUCGUCGUCAUCGCUCCGGCGACGGUGCACUGCAUCGCGAAGCUGGCCGGGGGCCUGGCGGACGAUCCGCUGACGACGACGGUGAUCGCGACCGAGGCGCCCCUGCUGGUCGCGCCGGCCAUGGACGCCAACAUGUUCGACCAUCCGGCGACGCAAGAGAACAUCACGCGGCUGCGCAGCCGGGGCGUGUUCCUGGCCGGGCCGGCGCCGGGUCGGUUGGCGUCCGGACUGAUGGGAAUAGGAAGGCUGGUGGAGCCGGCGGAUCUCCUGGGGUACAUCGCGGCGGCGCUGGGGAAGGACGGAGACUUCGCCGGACGGAAGGUGGUGGUAAGCGCCGGUGGGACCCAGGAGCGAUCGACCCCGGUGCGGGUGAUCACGAAUCACUCCUCGGGACGGAUGGGAUACGCCGUGGCCGAGGCGGCGCGGGACCGGGGUGCGGAGGUGGUGCUGGUGACGGCGCCGACGGCGUUGCCGGAUCCGCCGCUGGUGCGGACGAUACGGGUGAAGUCGGCGCAGGACAUGUGCGACGCGGUGCUGGCGGAGACGCCGAUGUCGGACGCGCUGAUCAUGGCGGCGGCGGUGGCGGACUACCGGCCGUCGGUGAUGGCAGAACAGAAGAUAAAGAAGACGGCCGCGGACGAGAUGUCCAUCGACCUGGAGAAGACGACGGAUAUAUUGGCGACGGCCAGAGGGAAUUUUGUGCGGGUCGGGUUCUCAGCGGAAAGCGAGAACCUGGAGGCGAAUGCCGCGGACAAAGUGCGGCGCAAAGAGUUGGACCUGAUAGUGGCCAACGAUAUUACCGAAGAAGGCAGCGGGUUUGGCGUGGACACGAACCGGGUGGUUCUGAUUGACCGCGAGAUGGAAGUUGAAGACUGCCAUUGCUCACGAAAUACGAGUGGGCCACAGAUCCUGGACCGGGUAUCCGCGCUGCUGAAGUCGUGA